AAGGAGCGAAUUUGUUUUUACAAGAAUUCUUCCAUUUCCAUACCACUUUGUUAGACCUUUGUUACUCGUAUCUGUUAAGAAAUGAACUAUUCAAGGGAUCCUCCACCUCCUUACGAAACUGCGGCUACGACCCCUUCAGCCCCGUAUCCCACAAUUGGAUAUGCAGUCGGACCGUACUCUGAUUCUACAGGAUAUCAAGGGGAACCAUCCAAUGAAGCACCUAAAACCAACCGAGAUGGACCAUUUACCAAUUUGCAAUAUUCUGACAAAUAUGUUAGACAUGCAUUCAUUCGAAAGGUUAUUUUCCAUUUAUUCAUUGAAUCUCGAUUUUUUUUAGGUUUAUUUAAUUCUAACAGCCCAAUUAUUAGUGACUUCAGCCUUCAUUUGCACCUUCUUGUUUUCAUAUCGUGUAAAAAAAUGGGUUGCAAGGAAUUCAUGGUUUUAUUAUUUAUCUUAUGCAACCUUUCUGUGCACCUAUAUCGCGUUGGUUUGUUGCCCAGUGUGAGACGAAGAUAUCCUGGAAACGUUAUUGCUUUGUCUGUUUUUACACUGGCAUUUUCCUAUAUGACCGGUACAAUCACUUCAUAUUAUGAUACUCAGUCUGUUCUGAUUGCGGUGGCGAUUACAGCUUGCUUAUGUAUAGCAAUUUCGAUAUUUGCUAUGCAAACACGGAUUGAUAUUACUAAAUGCACUUCAUUGAUAUUUGUCCUGUCUAUUGUUGUAAUGUUGACUGGAAUCGCUUGCAUAAUUGUCUAUGCAGUAUCUGGACCUAAUCGAAUUUUACAAGUCGUCUACGGUGGACUGGGAGCGCUAUUAUUUGGUGUAGUACGUCUUGUUUUUUUAAAAUGCUUAUUUUGUUUUCUAAUCAAGGUCAACAAAAAACAUUAAACUAUAUGAUAUACAUCGGCAGUACAAUUUUAUUACUGUCACCCACCUUUUAGAACUCUAAGACAAAUCAUCAAGUUCCUUAUUUCAUUCUGUUAACUUCAAACUUGGUAGAUAGUUGAUGGAGGUUACUCAGCUAACCACCACACGGGAUGGGAUGAUAAAAACUCGGAUUUUCGUGUUACUGUAAUUUGAGCAUUGUCGUUUUUGGAUUAUAUGAUUUCCUACUCAAACUUCCAAAAAUGGUCUAUGAAAAAAAUCGUUGGGGUGGAAGUUUCUGUACAAGAAGCUUUAGAUUAAGGUGUCAUGCCGUUGUGUAUUUAGGAACUAGAAAUUUUAACUCUUUUUGGAGACUCUUCUGUGAGGUCUGUCCAGGCUUAAUUCGGUACCAGAAUGAAAAAUACUAAGGUACACAGUUUUCCUAUGUCAGAUGAAUUGCACACUAUUUGAUAAGGAGUCUUAUUUAUUCCUCAGUUAAUGCUUCUAAAGUCCUAUUGAUUAAGAACUCGUGUUUGACCAGUUUAGAAGCUGCGAUCCUCUUUGAUUUGGAAACUUUUGAAUUUUCUUCUAUUGAUAAGACGUGAAGUUAUUAUCAUGUAUUGGGAUACUAGUCAGUGUGUAAAUCAUUAUCUUUGAAUACGAUACAAUGCACACAUAUAUAUACCUGUCAGAGAAAAGACCAAGUCAGAAGGUAGAAUGAAAUUCCUUGUUCUGCAACCUUCACACAUGAUAGCCACUUCACUGAUGAUCGGGUUGAAUAUGUCUAAUUAGUGGCAAGUUUGUUCCUGAUCUAGUGAUGAUUGUUCAUAGCAAAGCGCUGAAAUUAUUUACCCAUAGCACAUGUUUUGUAUACGUUGAGUCGUUAUGCAUAUUUUAUGCCUGUUUGGAAUAAGUGUUUUUUUUUCAGCCAAUGUAACCGAAAGCUUGUACUUUUCUACAUAAUUCAAAUAAACAUGCGAUGCUUUCAUGAGUCACUAUCAUAUUGUCGUCUUAGGAUCAUGUGGAUCACUCCACUUGGGGAGUUGCAUCAGCCCGAACGAGGUGGUUGUUGACGAAAUCUCAUGUUGGAUACAGAUGACCCUUUCGGCACUUGCCAACUUCCACCAUCUGUGGUGCCAACUAGUGAGAUAUCUGACUCUGCGCUGUAGUUCGUUCUUUCCUGUUAUACUUCUGUGAGACAUUCCCGUUAAAAGUAUAAGACAUAAAGCGAUUACAGGGUUUUGAUCACAGAUGUCUUCAUUGCAUUGCUUGUGUUUGGUGGAAUCAUCGUGUGAGCGAUGUCGAGGUCAGACGAAGGGUACCAGGCAAGUCAAUUGAUGAGAUUGUGAACCUUAUUCGACUGAGAUGGCUUAGACAUUUGUUCCAUAUACCUAUCCACCACCUACCGUGACAUACCAUGCUAGGGGAAGUUGGAUUAGGUUGAAAAGGGUUCAGGGUGGCUGGGCCAAGACAUGGCAUCGGUGGGUGAAGUCUUUAACUGUUGGUGUGAGCCAUGUGUGGAGAUGUAGUCUGUCUGGUUGGAGUCUCCGAGACGACAGUAACCAGUGGUUGAGGACUGUUGGUGACAGCCGAAAAUCGGUCACAGUAGCUCAUUAACCGUUAUCUCCAAAUUGUUUAUUCUCUUACACAACUUUGUCUACUUUGAUAUCAGUCCUUUUCUACCCACUUGUUCUUUUUGUACUACUAUGAAGUGUGGCAACUUGAGGCGGUCUCCCACAUUAUGUAUAAUUUCAUUGUUAACAGAAGUGUGUUAUGUCUCUCCAUUUCUUAUUAAUUUUUUCGUGUACCUAUUCGUUGUUCGCAGUAUUUAGCUUUCGAUACACAGCAUAUCAUUGGUGGACGAGAACUGGAGCUCAGUGCAGAGGAGUAUAUAUUCGGUGCUUUACAGUUGUAUUUGGAUGUUGUCAACCUAUUCCUGAUGAUUUUGUCAUUGUUUGGUAGCAGAGAUUAGCGGACAACAACUAGACACAGAAAAAGUGGCGUUCAGUGUAGUAUGAAGACACGAAACACAUCAUAUAUUAUUAUAAUGGACAGUUACAGUUUAUCAGUAUUAUCUUUUUCCUAAUCGCACCUUUUCUUCAUAUUUCUUGUUAAUUUCAUUGAGAUUAUAAUCAUCCAUAUUAUUAUUGUUGCUGUUGUCAUGCGUAUCUCGUCACUGAGCUGACUUUAAGUCUUAUUUCAGUGCAAAUUCCAUUGUCGGUCUUUGAACAGUUGACAAUCAUAUAUAUUUCACUUGGCACUGUCACGUUUAACGAUAAAAACCCAACUUCUAAGAGGAUCAAUCAGUUUAUAUAAACAAUAAUACUUUGAGGAAUCAGUACUUGUUCAUCAUAUUAUAUAAAUGGGAAUUUCUAUUUAUUUCAAUGAUUAAUUUUUUUUCUUCUCUCUUUAUUACUUUGUGGAGCUUUUCUUUCUGUCAUAGGUGAUGAAUUACAUGGUGAUAUAUUAAUACUGUGUUGUAUAAUGUGAAUUCAUCGGUUUCAGUAAUUUCCCUUAGUUGGGGGGAAAAGUGAUGAAUGACUGUCUAAAUCAUUGUAGUUCAUUGUUGUUCUGCUCGCUUCUUCUCCUCUUAUGGGCGAUGUUUCUUGAAGAUCUGAACAAAUGGAAGCAGACAAAUCUAUUCAUAUCGUGUCUUGAUUUCGCUUACUAUCUCAUCAUAUGGCUAAUUUUGUGCUCGUAUGUCUGCUACAUUUCUGACGUAGUCAUGAUAUUUUUCUUCUUUCAAUAACUUGAUGAGUAUUUCAUUUUUUUUUAUACAUGCCUAUUGUGCAUAGCAU